AGCUCGCUUCAAACCCAAUCCGAAUUCCAAGCACGUCCUGCCUACAAGAGGUCCAUCUUAACAAGCAUCAGCAAAGCUCACAUCACAACCUGCUUACGGAUUCCUAAGCUAGCCCGCUCGCAGCCUAGCAAUCCGUACAAAGUUGCAGCACGGUCGUUGCACGUACGUGCGCGCGUGCCUGUGGUCAUGGCGAGCGCUCGCGUUGACCAGAUGGUGGAGACGGCGUGCGGCGACGGCGGCAUCGAGACGGUCAUCGAGGACCUCCCGGCGGACGUCAUGGGCCUCGUCAUCCGCCGCCUCGACGGCGCCUCGCUGGCGGCCAUGGGGAGCGCGUGCUCGGGGUUCCGCGACCUCGCCAGCGACCCCGACGCGUGGCGGGCGCUCUGCCUCGACAUGUGGCCGUCUGUCCGCGACGUCGCCUGCCUCGGCAGCGGCGGCUACCAGUCUCUCUACGCCAACGCGUUCCCGUUCCCGGCCGCAUCAUCCCCACCGGCCGCGCCCUCCCUCCCGGCGCGGCUCGUCUCGGCCGUCGACCUGCACCACAAGGGCGUGUGCAUCAUGUCGCGCGCCGUCGAGACGGACGCCUCGUCGCCCUGGUUCCAGGGCUCGCCGUUCCGCGUCGACGCGCUCGUUCAGGAGGGCUUCACGGCGCCGUGCCCGAUCGCGCCGGACGAGCUCACGCUCAGCUGGAUACUCAUCGACCCGGCGACCGGCGCCGCGCUGAACGCCUCGAGCCGCCGCCCCGUGUCCGUCGACCGGACCUGGCUGAGCGGGGACGCCGUGGCGCGCUUCACCGUCGUGCUCGGCGGCGGCGUCGCGCUGGACGCGGCGGUCACGUGCGACGACCGCCGCGGCCACGUCAGGGAGGUCAGCCUGUGCGCGGGCGACGCGGAGGGCGGCGGCGUCAGCGGCCGGGACGGGCUGGCCGCGGUGGCCGCGGCCAUGGCGACCGCCAGGCAGCGCCGUGGGGCGGAGGAGGCCGCCAGGCGGGUCUACCGGGAGUUCGCCCAGGGGAAGAGGGACAGGAAGGAGUGGAAGGCCAGGCGGGAUGGCAUCGUUGACCUCUGCUGCUCCGGCGUCGGCGCCGCCGCGUUACUAUCGUUCUUGGUCAUGCUCACGUUCCGCUGACCGCGCAACGGCCGGCAUACACACCGAUGCACCUAAAUAUACAGUUUGAUGACGCGCUCUAAGAGUUAGUAUAUGGUUGGAACCUGUAGAUACCGACUGCGAUGUAGCUUAGCGCAAUAGGCCCGGUUCUUUUCAAGAAAUAUGCAAGUAGAUGACAACCUUUACCUAAAUUACAAUGUUUACCAUUAAGAUCAUUCUUAUGCAUUUCAGUAUUAUCAGUA